AUGAGGUCAUCUAGCACGCAGCAGUCAUGCACGGAUUUCUUCCGGUACACAAGCGGUCGCUGGCUUUGGGACGAAGAACAGCAGCUUCGCGAUCGUUUUUCUCCAUUUAAUAUACCCGAGCUCCAGAAGGUUGCCGCAAGCAGCGUUGGAGCCAAAAAAUGCGUUACAAUCACAAAGCUAGCGGAAGGCUCAUUCAACAAGACUUUCAGGCUCAUGAUGGAUAAUGGAAUGACUGUGAUUGCAAGGAUUCCUCAUCCCAUUGCAGGGCCCCAGCACUACACGACAGCUUCCGAAGUAGCGACGAUGGAAUUUGCUCGUAGCAUCCUAGAAAUCCCUGUACCCCGGAUAUAUGCCUGGAGCGCCGAUGUGAAAAAUCCUGUUGAGUCCGAAUAUAUAAUUAUGGAGGAAGCUCCAGGGGAAAAAUUAGAAGAUAUAUGGAAUAAUCUUUCCCUGGAGGAAAAGAUAGCAAUCAUGAAAGACCUUGUUUUACUGGAGAAAAAAAUGAUAUCCGUAUCUUUCAAUAGUUACGGCAAUAUAUAUUAUGCUACCGAAGCUAUCCAAGGCGCUGUAAGAGCUGAAGUUUUUGGUGAUGUGACUCCAGAGGUUAAAAAAACAGUGCUUAAUCGCUUUGUUAUUGGCCCAGUAGUGGAAAGAGGUUAUUGGAACAAAGAACGCGCAAUGAUGGAUAUAGACCGUGGGCCCUGGAAACAACCACAACGAUUUGCCGCCUCCCUAGCUCGUCGGGAGCUUGAAUGGAUAAAACAGCAUGCAAUUCCCAAAUCACAGGAUGACCCUUUAGUGACUUCUGCAACGCAAAAUUCUCCUGAGAGCCACAUUUUACUACUUCAAAAGUACCUAGAGAUUGUCCCAUAUCUUCUUCCAGAUGAUCCUGCUGUUAUUGCGUCUCAUCUGUGGCACACGGAUCUCCAUUCAGGCAAUAUCUUCGUUGAUAGGGGUCGCAUCUGUAGUGUGAUAGACUGGCAAGGAACAUGGGCAGCGCCUUUAAUACUUCAGGCACGCCACCCCCAGCUAGUUGAUUAUCAUGGGGAAAUUAUUCUGAAAGCUCCCCCAAGCUUCAAGGACCUUGAACCGGCUGAGAAGGCUAGGGUAAGGAGAGAAAUGAGCAGUUCUAUAAUCCUUUACCUUUACAAAAAGCAGAUUGCGAAGCAAGUGCCUCUUUUAGAUAAAGUUCUCCACUUUGAUCAUGGUCGAACAAGGUGCGAGCCUAUACAAUUUGUGGGCGACACCUGGGAUAAUGAUAUUUUGCCUUUGAGGGAAUCCUUGAUCCGAAUUGAGAAAUAUUGGGAUGAACUGGGAUUCAAGUCUCCAUGUCCAAUCCAUUUUACGCAGGAUGAGCUUCGUAUUCAUGCAGAGGAAGGUGAAGGGUGGAAUGAUGUGCAAGACUUCUGGAAUUCUGUUUCAGAUAUUGUUUCUAGGGAUGGAUGGACGCCUAUCCAUCUUUAUGACGACGCUGUUGCGCUUUUUACAGAGUUACGAGAAGCUGGCUUAAAAUCUAUGCUAGGCAAGGAGAGGGAAGAUUUUAAAAGGCAGACACAGUGGAUUGAAAAGACAUAGCUCAUCAGGCAGUGAAUAUAAUACAUACUACCC